GUGAAAGGAGCACUUCCGGGUUUGGCAAUAACCUGCGCUCGGCGGCGGCGUUCGUUCGGCCCUGUUGGGUCUUGCUCAGAAGCUCCGCCUCUCCCCGGUUUUUCUAGAAAUCCGGCUUUGCUCUUGGUGGUGUCGUGCAGGUAUUUCCCCGCCACUUCGGCUGCUCUCGAGGCAGUGCUCUCCGGAGCGGGCGAGACUUUCCUGUUGAGCGUCCCAGACGCGCGUGUGGGCUCUCCCAUGGCGGAUACGGCCCCGAACGGCCCCCAAGGGGCGGGAGCAGUGCAAUUCAUGAUGGCCAAUAAAUUGGACACGGCGAUGUGGCUUUCUCGCUUGUUCACAGUUUACUGCUCUGCUCUGUUUGUCCUGCCUGUUCUUGGGUUGCAUGAAGCUGCAAGCUUUUAUCAACGUGCUUUACUGGCAAAUGCUCUUACCAGUGCUCUGAGGCUGCACCAAAGAUUACCACAUUUCCAGUUAAGCAGAGCAUUCCUCGCCCAGGCUUUACUAGAAGACAGCUGCCACUACCUGCUGUACUCACUCAUCUUUGUCAAUUCCUACCCUGUUACAAUGAGUAUUUUCCCAGUCUUGUUAUUCUCUUUGCUUCAUGCUGCCACAUACACGAAAAAGGUCCUUGAUGCGAAGGGUUCAAAUAGUUUACCUCUGCUGAGAUCUAUCUUGGAUAAAUUAAGUGCUAAUCAACAGAAUAUUCUGAAAUUUAUUGCUUGUAAUGAAAUAUUCUUGAUGCCUGCUACAGUUUUUAUGCUUUUUAGUGGCCAAGGAAGUUUGCUCCAGCCUUUUAUAUACUAUAGAUUUCUUACUCUUCGAUAUUCCUCUAGAAGAAAUCCAUAUUGUCGGACCUUGUUUAAUGAACUGAGGAUUGUUGUUGAACACGUAAUAAUGAAACCUGCUUGCCCACUGUUUGUGAGAAGACUUUGUCUCCAGAGUAUUGCUUUUAUAAGCAGACUGGCACCAACAGUUGCGUAGUUUAACAUCCAGCUAAGUUAUAUGUAGUAGAAAUAAGCAUUUUUAGCAGUUGGUACUUCUGCUAAGGGUUGUUAAUUCCAGGUGUAAAACUGACCUCAAUCCAAUUUACAUAAACGCAUCUCAAUGGAAAGUUCAUCAUUUUCCUGGCAUGUUAAAUCAAGCCUUUUAAAAAGUUCCCAAGAAAAUUUUAUUGUGCUGUGUUAUUAAUGGUUAAGGAAGUUUCUUUCCUGUGAUCAGUGUAUCAGAAAUUUUUUUAAAUGCUGCUGUGCCUUUAUCAUGAAGUACGUUUAUUUCUCUUGUAAAAGUAGCUUUAAAAUUUCUUUCAACCUAAUUGGUACCCUAAAUUUAUAUCUGGCAUGAUUCCAUUAUAGUAAUAUUAACAUACAUGAAUUCAUCAUAUUUUGAGACAGUAUUCUUUUGCCAUUCAGUAAUUUUGGUUGAUGAUUUUAAAUGAAACAUUUACCACUAUAUUUAAUUUGAGAUUGUUAUUAAAUUCAUGUUCUGCUGCUUUGUUAGGAUUUAUUUUGGAUAUAUCAUUUUAAGAGGAAUUCUGCAUGCAUCUUGUAUCUUAUGCUAUGAUCUUCCAAAUUUUUAUUUCCGUAACUACUGAAUGUGGCUUUGAAUAUUUUUUAAAAGGCUGAACUGUAAGCGUGUUAGCCAACUGGGUCACUAUCUGGGGUCACUGCUGUUCCACGUCAGAAAGCCUUAGUGGUUAUAUGGCUUUCCUUUUAGAUACCCAUCAAGUAACCUUUCUCAAAUUGGAAACCCUUUUACAAAUGUGGACACAUAGAUGACUAGCAUUAUUGGAGUUUAUAGAAUUAGAUUCUUGACUGCCAAUUUUCUUGGUUUCUUAGGCUUGAAUUUUCAUAGACAGUUGCAGCAGUUCAGAUGUCUUUUGAAAGGAAUGUAACUGAAGAUUGAGCAUAUGCCUGUGCUUGGGUCUGUUCUGAAAUAAUAAUGAAGAUUAUCCUGUAGAUUACAUACUUGCCCAUCAAAUAUGACUUAAAAGGUUAAAUGGAAAGAUUGAUAGGUAAGAUAAUUGGUGGGGAAUGGGGCUGGAAGAUGAAUUGUGGGGGAUUAGUGUGUAUUUUAAUUUCUUAAUGCAUAGGUAGAUUUGGGAGUCUUGGGUGUAUUAUGCAGCUGUGAUUUGAGUUGUAUAAUAUGUUAAAUCCUGUUUGUUGAGCUGCCCUCAACUUCUUUAUAAAAUUCAUUCUGAUCUUUUAUUACCGUUGCAUGGUUGGGAAUGUUUAAAACACUGCAGAAGUUUUAGUACACAGUGAUGUAAUGGUUUUUGUAACCAGUUUUCUUCUGUCUGCAUGUAAUUGGAUUUCUCAUACAUUUAUUAGUAAGUUGUCAGUAACAUCAGUUUUCUUUUUGUUCAACUUUCCCAUCUUUGGAAAUGUGAUGUCUACUUGAUAGCUCAACUGUAGCCAACUCUUUUUGUAUUUUUUUAAUAUUUAUCUACUAAGUUAGAAAAGCAGCCUCAUGCAAUACAGUUGAUUGGGGUGGGUGGGUGGGUGUGUGGCUAGCCUCAUUAUCACUAUAUAUGUAAUAUGAUGGUUUUAAGAACUAAUUUUCUAGAGCAAUAAAGUGACUAUAAUGUUAAGUAAACAUAUUCCUGAUUUCUAAUGAUGUCUUUAAAAAUUAAGUCUUGAAUUAUAUCAGGAAAUCUUGGCAGCUGAAGUCAUAUUUAUUUUUAAGUUACGUGUUUUUUUGUUUUCUACAAUUUUUAAAAAUCGAGAUAAUUUUAGAUUUAUAGAACAGUUGCAAAAAUAGAGUUCUUGUAUACCUUUUACUCAGCUUCCCCUUAUAUUAACACUUUACAUAACUAUAUAGCAUUUAUCAGAACUAAGAAAUUAGCCUUGGAACAAUACUAUUAAUUAAAGUAUAGAACUUACUCAGAUUUCACCAUUUUUUCCGUUAAUUUUCUUCUUGUGAGCUGUUUUUACUGAUUGUCUUUUAAUGACCUAUGAGUGUGCCUCUGUUCUGAGUUUUUCCUCUUUAGUUUGGGAAUUAUUGUUGGUCAAAAAGAUUUCCCUAGGGGGAAUAAUUUCAUGUUGGUUUUGAUGAAAAGAAUCUUAAUAUUAAAACUUAAAAAUGUAGAAUACCCUGUGCUUUAAAAGUUGAGGCUUUUUAUCACAUAACAGGAUUAUAUUUCUCAUAUGCUCCUGUUGGACUAUUCUUUAAUGGAAGGUUUGAUUUUUAAAUAAAAAACUCCUCAAUUCAUGAAAAAGUAAAUUUUACAAUUUGAGUGUUACUGGAUGUUUAGUUUGCAUGAGCUUGUACCUAGGAAUCCCAUGAUAUGUGUAUGUACAACCAGCUGAUUGUACAUCUGGAAUUAGUUUAAUAUGUACAUCUAUCAAAUUAAAAUUAAGGAAAUACAGUAGCAGUAUAUGGAAUGAAUGAAGUAGAAGAAAUUAUAGCGUAGCUGAACUUCAUUUUACUUCCAAGUUUAAAAAUGUCAGCAUCCAACAAGUGCUGUAAUGCUAUUCUAGGACUUUUAGAUAUUAAACCCUCUGGGACAGGUGGAAGCCUAAAAUAAAACCUACUUUUAUUAUAACAAGAAUUCUGUAUUCCUUUUGUAUACCUGAUGCCUUGUGAAUAUAAACUCUAUUUAAUAUCAGUCCCAAACUGAAAUUUCUUAAAUAGUAAUUUUGCUCCUGGAAGUAAGCAAGUAAUUUAGAUAUUUAGGAAUUUCCCUUACAGAAAAAUCAAGGCAUGCUGAUAUUAAACCAGAAGUUUUUAUGAAAGACUUAGGAGGUCUCUUUAAUAACUAUGAAUUAUAAAGCUGUUACAAUACCUUUUCUUUCUAAAAAUCAAGAUCAAAAAUUCUGAUUAGGUUUGUAAGUUUAGGACAUGAAUAUCAUUCGAUGUGGAAAGGAAGAUGAGUGUAUAUGUAGUAAGAUAAGUGGAACUGAGAUUGUGUGUGUGUUUUUUUUUUAAAGUUUGAGAUCAGAGUGAAUGAAAUUAAUUUUGAGGGAUUGUGGUUAAAGACUCUUAUCUAAUCCUAAGGAGUUUAUUUUGAUUCAUAUAGUUAUUCUGAAACUCUAACCCCACUCAUGCCUGCCCAGAUCCCCCUAAGAUCUGCUAGCCUCAAAGCUACCACCCAAACUUAGAUCAGUUUUGAUUCUGACUCUAAGGAAACAAACCUCAAGGGAGAAAGUAAUCCCAGUCAGUUACGGAUGUGAUCAGUAGAUGGCACUCUUUCCUCAGGUCAUAGGCCCAGUUGGAAGGUUAAAUGCCACCAAAAGUGCGGAGUCAGCCAUAAAACUAAGGAUCUGAUUUCACCCUUUUUAAUAUGUAAUUACUCAAAAUUCAAUAAAUAUUUAGUGAACAUUUAUGGUGAGUACAUAGUAAUGAAUUGAAACUACAUUACUAUGUAUUGAAUUAUAUUGAAAUCAUAGUAAAAUAUUGAAAUGUUGAAAACCUGGAAGAGUACCCUAUUAAUGUUUACCCUAUUAAUGUUUAAUUAUUAAUGUUCUAGUCAAAUGGUAAUACAGGCCACAGUUUAGGGCAGCAUUAUUCAGAUCAUGGACUCUGUGUUGUUGUUUUUUUCUUUAUAAAAUAUCUAAAUCACCUAAAAAUACAUGAAUUACAAAAUUGUUCUUUGUCCUUAAUUUUCAGGUGUAUAGAAAAAUGGUACUUAAAAUUUUUUCAUGGUCCUUUUGUAGGUACACAAGAUAAAACCAGUUCAACCUCUUAAAAUUUAGACUUCUCAUGGUAAUAAUGUAAAAGCAUAUUGAGAUUUUUGGUUAUUGUAUCAAGAAUAAUAUCUAGACUUGUAAAUUCAGUUUGAGUUGCAGUGACAGCUAGUUUCUCUUUCACACCUCAUUGGAAUUUCUUUACGAUCAGGAGAAUUCUGCAGAGGCUAUAUGAUCAUGUAGUUCAAUAGAUAGUGUGCCAAAGAUGUGUGUUUAUAAAUCCAGGAGUCUUUUCCAGGGUUUGUUUUAAUGAGCAGCCCUCUUCUAAUGUGCAGAAUGGAAAAGUAUUACUGGAUCUGGUAUUAAGGGUAAGAAAGGAACUGCUAAAAGUUUGGAAGGAUUCCUGGUAGUAAUUAUUCUAGGACAUUUGUACCUUCUAAGGUGGUGUUCAGGUGGGUUCUUAGAAGGAACCUGGUUUUCUCUGUGUGUGGUGUGAACUCUCUAGAACACUCUUGUGCAGGGCAAAUAGGAAAACUGCUUUGAGUUUGAGUUGAUGUGACAGGAGAUAAAGUUCAGUAUUUUUUAAAAUCUAAAGCAGAUUCUGUUUCUUAGGAAAGUGAUAAGGAAAAAAUUGGUAGAUACCUUUGCUGGAAUCUAAAAAUUAACUCCUACUAAAGGAGAAGGAAAGUCUCCAGAGUCAUUUCACAUUGUCCUUCAUAGCGUUCUUAAAACUAACUUUUUGAUAUGCUCAAUCCUCUUAAACUAAUUUUUUUUCUUGGUUCAUGACAGUUGAAUUCCAGAUUUUCUUUUGUAACUUUAAAGCAGAACAAUUGCUUUUUGACAUGAAUUUUUGCUUAUAUCAUAAAUAUAUAUUUGUAAGUUGAGACCAAAUGGGCAAAGUCUUGGGCAGGAAACAUUUGUGACGUGUCUAUAUUGGAACAAAUGUAAAAGGGUCACAAAGAUUGGAAAGAGCCAUAAAAAACUGCUUGAUUUAUAAAUGCAUUAGUUCUGGUGCUCCAUAUAAUGGGAUAUAUUGAACUAAAAAAUUUGUAUAUAUAGUAUGUCAGCAUUUCUUAGUAACUUCUCUUGAAUCCAUUUUUAAUAUCUAAUAUUGUACAGGUUGGGGAGUUACACUCUUCAGGCCAAUACUAUCCAGACUGUAUAAAUUUAUAAAAUAAAUUGAAAAAUUCAUCAUUCUCCUAUAUUCAAGACCAACACACAUAAAUGCUAAUGCAGGGCUCAGAGGGGAAAUAUAUUUCUCCUGAAUAUUUGAGAAAAUGUUAAGUCCUUUCAAGAAAAUCUAAUAAACAUAAUAAUCAUAGCCUGCUGACACUAAGGAAAAAGGACCUCAUUCGCUCUUUCUUUUAUGCAGCGAUUUACUGGUCCCUACUGAUUUCCAAAUUGGAUCACUGUAGUAAAUUAUCUAUGCUGGUACCUGUGAAAGUAAGCCCUGGGAUCCAUAUUUGUUUUGUGUUCUGCUUAAAUCAGCAAGAAUGAUAAAUUUGAUGGUGUGAAAUUGAAAGUGUCAAGGGCUUUCUUUGGUGAUUGAACAAAAUGAUGUCUCCACUUUAAUUUAUUGUGACCCUUUUUCACUCUGUGUGCUUUGUAUAUCUAAUAUUUAUUUCAAUACAAAUUAAAUUCUUGUUCCUUCAUCUGUAUUGUUAUAUAUCUAAGAUUUUAUUGAUGUAAAAAUCGAAUUGUGUAAUAAAAAUCUCUCUGGAUUUAAGCAGAUUUGAAAAUGUUAUGUUGCAAAAAAACAUUUACAGUUAGAAUUCAGCUUUCCAUUGUGCUUCCAUUGCCUUAUUGUUAGAAUAAGGUGAAUAUGAACACUUCUGUUGUCCUCAGCCCAUCACAGAUAAUAGAAAUGGUGUAAAUUUGUGGUCUAAGGUGAAACUGAAAAAAAAAAAAAAGUUAUAGUGGAUCUCUGAGCUGUUUGAGUGCUUUACUUCUGUACCAUUUUUUUUUAGUGAGAUUUAUUGCCUAGUGGAUAAGUUAUUUAUAACCCUCAAACUAUUUACAAUAUACAAUAUGCAGUUGAUUUAUUUAUAUAAUAACUAAAUCAACACAGAAUAACAGAGGAAUGUAUUUUCCUUAGGUGUUCAGAAUUGGCAGAUAGUUUCUGUGGCAAUUUUAACAACUUGUACUAAGCAAAAUGCUGUAUAAGUAAGUAGUUUAUGGUUUUUGUUUUGUUUUGUUUUGUUUUUUGGUUGAAUUCUUUGAAUUUGGACCUCUGCAACCGUUAUGACCAAGAGUUCCAUAAGUAACAGGUCAUUUCAUUUAAAUCACCAAA